AUGGCAGGGAAAGGGGGAAUGACGAUGUACAAGCUGGUGGUGCUUGGAGAUGGUGGUGUCGGCAAGACUGCAUUAACCAUACAGCUAUGUUUAAAUCAUUUCGUCGAAACAUAUGAUCCGACUAUCGAGGACUCUUACCGAAAGCAGGUCGUCAUAGACCAACAGUCGUGCAUGCUGGAAGUUUUGGAUACUGCUGGUCAAGAAGAAUACACUGCUUUGCGGGACCAAUGGAUACGCGACGGCGAAGGCUUUCUGCUGGUUUACAGUAUCUCAUCGCGAUCUUCGUUCACCAGAAUAAAGAAAUUUCAUCAACAGAUUCAGCGAGUAAAGGAUUCGAUCCCAAAUGCAUAUGGUGGAAGCUCCCCACUUAGCUCCCCUGUCCUUUCCGGCGGCCGCGAUACCACAUCGCCAAUACCCAUUAUGCUUGUCGGAAACAAAAGCGAUAGGGUCACUGAACGGGAGGUAUCACACCAAGAAGGAAUGGAACUAGCUCGUGAGCUAGAAUGUCAAUUCGUUGAGGCAUCAGCAAAAAAUUGUGUCAACGUCGAGAAGGCCUUCUACGACGUAGUAAGGCUGUUAAGGAAACAAAGACAAAGCAGUUCCCGAAAACCGUAUGCUCGCCGAGACGAUGCACCUGUCCGGGAUAGGAACGCCGACAAAGACCGAUAUCCCCCAAAGAAGAGGUGCUGCAUUCUGUGA